CACACACACACACGCACACACACACGCACACACAUACACACACACGCUCCCACACACUCACACCUUGCUCAGUCUGACAACAGUAAGGAAUCUGAGAAGGACUUCUGCAUCUUCUUCUUUUUCCUUUUUUCUCUCUUCCUCUCUGUUCAUUUAUCUGUUUAUUGUUGUUUUGUUGUCCUGCCACCUGUCCCCCAUCCUCCGCGUAUCUGUAUCUCUCAGCCCAUACGAUUGCACCGAGCCCACAACCAUCCCCCCCCACCUCCCUCCUCAGUAAGAGAUAAUGUGACCUUCCGCCAAAGAUCUGGCAACCGUGCCAUUCUCACAGCGGGGUCCUGUGAUACUGAAAUAGACUCAAACAAGUGCCGAGAGGGAGGAAACAGGAGAGAGAAAGUGAGAGAGAGAGAGGGGGAGAGAGAGAGAGAGAGAGAGAGUUAAAAAAAGACAAAAAAAACAAAAAGGAAGGUAGAGGCUACGGACAAGGAAUGCGUCUCCGGGAGACCGGGCUGGAUGCGGAGCGCCGACGCAGGCAGUAGGUGGCUGAGAUGGGAGUUCCACUAGGGUGGUUGAGAGCCUUCCUGUGGCUGUUGCUGCUGCUGCUGCUGCUCUCUGCUGCCCCCUGCUGUCUGGGUCGUCCGUUCGGGCAGCCGGCGCCCACCGUCAACGUGGCGGUGGUGUUCAGCGGCUCCGCCUACCAGACGGAGAUCAAGGGCCGGCUGAGUCGCGAGAACUUCCUGGACCUGCCGCUGGAGGUCAACCCCAUCACGGUGCUGGUCAACGACACCAACCCCCGCGCUCUGCUGACGCGCAUCUGCGACACGCUGGCCACCAACCGUGUCCACGGGAUCGUCUUCGAGGACAACAUCGGCUCCGAGGCCGUGGCGCAGAUCCUGGACUUCAUCUCCACGCAGACAGGAGUGCCCAUCGUGGGCAUCAGCGGGGGCUCGACCGUCGUUCUGCCGCACAAGGAAGAGGGCUCUGCCUUCCUCCAGCUGGGCUCCUCCAUUGAGCAGCAGAUCAAUGGCAUGUUCAAAGUGAUGGAGGAGUACAACUGGGACAGCUUCGUGGUCAUCACCAGCCUCUACCCCGGGUACGAGGCCUUCGUGGACUACAUCCACUCCUUCACGGACACCAGCUACUUCCUGUGGGAGCUGCAGGAUGUGCUGACCUUCGACAUGUCAGACGGGCUGAGCGAGAUCCGGGCGCGGCGGGUGCUGCAGCAGAUUGACGCCCAGGUGCUGCUGGUGUACUGCUCCCACGAGGAGGCGCAGUACCUGUUCCGCGUGGCGGCCACCGUGGGCCUGGUGGGGCCCGGCUACAUCUGGAUGCUGCCCAGCCUGGCAGUGGGGAACCCGGACGGGCCACCGCCGGACAGCUUCCCCGUGGGCCUGAUCAGCAUCAUCACGGCCCACUGGAAGACCAGCCUGAGGAAGCGGGUGCGGGACGGGGUGGCCAUUGUGGUCAAGGGGGUACAGAGCUUCCGCAAGCACCAGGGGCCCCUCCCCGAUGAGGACGCGGACUGUCGGGGGCCCCCCAAGCCCCCCAGCAAUGACACUCUCUUCAGACACAUGCUGAAUGUAACCUGGGAACACAGGGACUUCUCCUUCAACAGUGACGGUUACCUGGUCAAUCCCUCGAUGGUCGUCAUCACCUUGGACCGCGAGCGACAGUGGGACAAGGUAGGGGACUACGAAUCGGGGAUCCUGCAGAUGCGCUAUCCCGUGUGGCCGCGCUACGGCAGGUACCUGGAGCCGGUGUCGGACAACCGUCACCUGACCGUGGCCACGCUGGAGGAGCGGCCCUUUGUCAUCGUGGAGAGCGUGGAUCCCGUCACGGGCACCUGCGGCAGCAACACUGUGCCAUGCCGACGCCAAUCCAACAAGACUGAAACCAUUGUGGGGCACACGGAACCCUACACCAAACUCUGCUGCAAGGGCUUCUGCAUCGACAUCCUGAAGAAGCUGUCCCGCAACAUCAAGUUCUCCUACGACCUCUACCUGGUCACCAAUGGCAAACACGGCAAGCUGGUCCGGGGGACCUGGAACGGGAUGAUCGGAGAGGUGGUCUACAAGCGAGCCGACAUGGCCAUCGGAUCCCUCACCAUUAACGAGGAGCGCUCGGAAAUCAUCGACUUCUCCGUGCCGUUUGUGGAGACAGGGAUCAGCGUGAUGGUCGCCAGGAGCAACGGCACCGUCUCCCCCUCAGCGUUUUUGGAGCCCUACAGUCCUGCAGUUUGGGUGAUGAUGUUCGUCAUGUGUCUGACAGUGGUGGCCAUCACUGUCUUUGUCUUCGAGUAUUUCAGUCCCGUCGGCUACAACCGUAGCCUCGUCAGUGCCAAAGACCCUGGUGGCCCCACCUUCACCAUUGGGAAGUCGGUCUGGCUGUUGUGGGGCAUCGUCUUCAACAACUCGGUCCCCAUCGAGAACCCCAAGGGCACCACCAGCAAGAUCAUGGUCCUGGUCUGGGCCUUUUUCGCUGUCAUCUUCCUGGCCAGCUACACGGCCAACCUGGCCGCCUUCAUGAUCCAGGAGCAGUAUAUCGACACUGUGUCGGGACUCAGCGACAAGAAGUUCCAGAAGCCUCAGGAGCAGUACCCACCCUUCCGGUUUGGCACAGUUCCCAACGGGAGUACAGAGAGGAACAUACGCAGCAACUACCCCGAGAUGCACUCCCACAUGGUCAAGUACAACCAGAAGGGGGUAGAGGACGCCCUCAACAGCCUCAAAACAGGGAAGCUGGACGCGUUCAUCUACGACGCGGCCGUGCUGAACUACAUGGCCGGCAAGGACGAGGGCUGCAAGCUGGUGACCAUUGGCAGCGGGAAGGUCUUCGCCACCACGGGUUAUGGCAUCGCGCUGCAGAAGGGGUCGCCGUGGAAACGGCCCAUCGACCUCGCCCUCCUCCAGUUCCUCGCGGAUGGCGACACUCAGAAGCUCCAGACAGUGUGGCUGACGGGGAUCUGCCGGAACGAGAAAAAGGAGGUGAUGAGCUCCAAGCUGGACAUCGACAAUAUGGCGGGCGUCUUCUACAUGCUGCUGGUGGCCAUGGGCCUGAGCCUGCUGGUGUUCGCCUGGGAGCACCUGCUCUACUGGAAGCUGCGUCACUCCGUCCGCAAGUCUGAGCGGCUGGACUUCCUGCUGGCCAUCAGCAGGGGCAUCUACAGCUGCUUCAACGGGGUGGAGGAAACGGACCGGUCAGGGAACAUGCAGAACCCUGACGUCACCAGCAGCUACACCCAGGCCAACAUGCUGAAGAUGCUGCAGACCGCCAAGGACCUGGUGUCGUCCACCCGGGUGGAGGACUCCUUGGACCACGCCACCAGGACCAUCGAGAGCUGGAGUCGCCGCGGCGACACCAUCCGAGGAGGAGCCCCGGGCCGGGGCGCAUCUGGCCUGGAGGUGGGCCCGGGCCGCCUGCCCUACAUCUCCAGCAUCACCGACAACCAUGCCCCUUGCCCCCAGCGCUUGCAUCACUAUGGCGACGGCCACGCCCAGCCGGCGCUGGAGAAGCAGAGGGCGUUAGCCCGUCCCACGCCGCUGCGCUACACUCUGCCCACCAGGGGGAGCCACCUGUAUGACCGCACACUGCCCAUCUCCAGCCUCAGCAGCCCCCACAUCGCCAUGAGGGACCCCCCCGCGUCUGCCACAAACCCCCUUGCCGGGGGGGCUCUGUACAUGGAGAACCCCCCGCGGCAGCCGGUCACCCCCUUCUCCUCCUACAGGGACAUUCCGCUGUCGGACUUCUAUGUGGAGCAGGAGGGCCCCACGGGGCGGAGACUGUACCCAGACGCCCCCGCCCGGAAGAAGCGGUCCCACAGCUUCAUGGUGCAGGCCCCUGAGCCCCGGGGCAGGCACGACUACGACACCCCGGCCGCCUGCUUCACCGAGCUCAGAGCCAACCACCUGUUGGAGAACCACGCCCCGCCGGGCGGCGCCGUGGCCUGUGUCGGCGGCUCGUACCCCCGGGGCGGGCCCGGCUGCGGCUCCUGCGUCCGGCCCUACCCGGAACCGGAGCUGGAGGAGCUGCCGCUGCUGGGGAAGGAGAGGCUGAACCGCCGCGCCUCCUUCCUCAGGGCCACCUGGGGCAGCGACCGGAUCCGCCAGCUGGAUGAGAAACUGCCCGCCCCCGCCCCCGUCUCUGUUCCCACCCCCGUCCCUGUCCCCGCCCCCAGCCUCGCCCGCGCCGACCCCCCGGACCUGUUCCCCCGUGUGGUGGUGGCCAACCCCCCCGCGGCUAAACUGUACAGUGGGGCGGGGAACAGCCUCUGCUACGCCAUGCCGGUGGACCACGCCUACCUGGGCGGCAGCCGCGGCCACCCGUACAGGGGGCCGAAGCUGAAGUGCUCGCAGUCGGCCCGGCUGCCCUCGUACCGCGAGGCGGUGCUGCAGAACGCCGCCGCCAUGCGCCGGUCCUCCACCGUGGUGCACAGACACUUCUCCACCUACCUGAACUCAUACGCCGACGUGCCCGUCUACAUGGGGGGGCCCGCCCACUUCUACGAGCACUCCAAGGAGACGUGCGACCUCUUCCCCUGCGUGGGCCACUGCCCCGCGGACUCCGCUCUUGUGCCCCGGGUCGGGGGCAGGCAGCUGCUAUACCAGAACAACGUGUUCGGGGGGUACGAGGGGGCGGGGCGGGCGCGGGAGGAGCCGCUGCCCGGGGGGAGGGACAGGAGGCAGGUGCUGGUGGCGCGGAGGGUCACCAGCCCCUAUCUGCCCCGCCCCUGGGGGAGGAUCUCCAGCCUGGAGUCAGAGGUCUAAACUUGAGACCCUCACCAGCAGCAGGAGGUCUGAGGUCUAACCCUGGACUGUCUCUCUCCCGCUGCCUGUUAAACUGGAUUUAAUGGGCUGAUUUAAGAGAGAAAUAUCUGGGCCUGGCUGUUGGCCUUUGGGUCGAACGAUUAAACAAAGAGCGCAAACACUUGGACUUUGGGGGAAUGGGUAACUCUGUGCAAUAAUACAUUUGGCUGCAGGGCUAGCUGGAGAGAGGACUCCCGCAUAGUCACAGCUGGAGCGAGCAAACCCCCAAUGAGAAGGGACAAUGUCUGGCUAGUUCUUAAUAUCUUUGGAUUGUUAUUUGAUUUGUAAAUGCCGCGGUGCUGUUCAGCCGCUGAGACAGACUGAAUUAACGGGCUCCGAGUGAGCGAUUCACACAGUGCUGCUGAACACACUGCUGAUUUCAGGAGGGGAAGGGGGGGGUGGGGUCACAUAUUCUUGGUUUUUGUUAUUCUUUUUUUUUGCUGUUGUUUUUAAUCAUUUUAGUAUUCUUCCAUUUAAACAGGGCAGGAAAGCUGAAAUUUUGUAAUCUGUCCACGGAAAAAAAAUGUCUUCCAGGUGUUUUAUAAGCGCAGGGCUAGAGUUAGGCGUUAAAUUGAACUCCUUGCUCCAGUGGUGGGUGGCACAGCUGGGACUGGAGAUGAUUCUGUCGUCUGUAUUUCAGAGGUUCUUCCACUUCUUUAAUAAAUGAGACGGGCCUCUUCACGGUC